UAUCCGAGCCGCCUCAACCCAGGCUUGAUUAGUGCGUCACGACUCACGCGUGUCUACGUAAGAUACGUACUACGUAGGACAACAAUCUCGUGUGGACGAGGGGUAAUAAGGGCAGACAGUGGAUUCACAGGCAUCAUCGGAGCCGGCUUUGCCGUGUUGUUGAUACAUUACUAAAGGUAGCACAGCUCAACGGGGCAGCUUGAAAGGCUAUAAGCAACGGAGUGCCAGAGAACGCAACAGCUCCCUGUCGCUGCCAGAAGAUACAUGUACCCGACCCCCAGCUCUCAAGUACAAUGUAUGAAAUUGAAACUGCUACUUUGAUAAUUUGACACCCCAAUUGUAUACGUACGCACAAAAGCUAACACGCAUCGAGGCCCGAACCCCCCCCCCCCCCCUUGUCAAAAUGUCCAACGAGCAAUACUUCAACGACGCCGGCGCCGGCCAGAAGCACAGCGACCUAUGCCACUACUCCCAGGCCGUUGUCUUCGGCGAUGUCGCCAAGUGUUCCGGCCAGGGCGGAUGGGAUACCACCGGCAAUGUGGACGCCGACGACGUGGCAGGCCAGGUCGAGCUCGCGUUCGAGAACGUCGACCGUGUUCUGCAGGCCGCCGGCUUCCGCGGCUGGGAGGACGUAUACCUGAUGCGCACAUACCACGUCGACAUUGGCACGUCCUUUGACUUGACGGUCAAGAAGCUAAAGAGCCGCAUCCCUCACCGGCCUGUCUGGACGGCCAUUGGCGUGCCGAGGUUGGCGUUCCCGCCGAUGCAGAUUGAGAUCGAGGUCGAGGCGAGGAAGCAGUCGGCUUGAUAGGGGCACCAGAGUAGAAAUAGCAAUCCGACACCUUCUCCCAGCGACAUGAGCGGCGUGAGGUUGAUGUUGCGUAUCACCUGGCGCGUUUGGGUGUAAACGGCGCCCAUUGAUCAUUAUCUGUCAACACGAACAUGGUCAGAUGCAUUGCAGAUGCAUUGGUAGUUGGGUACC